AAAUCGCCCCUUUACGCCGCCAGAUGAGGGCAGAGGCUUUACUCCUCCAUCUCACGCGGGGAAGCAGCAGCAGCAACACGCCUGACACCCCGGCACCCCCGGCUCACCCAGAAGGCGGUGGAGUAGGCGAUGAGGGUGAACUUGAGGCAGAGGCCAGCGAGCCAUUGCAAGCACACCCAAGGCACGGUAGGUCCCACAGGACGUCAGAAAGCGAUGGCCUGCAGAGAGCUUGACCCAGGACACUGGGGAUCGGCAGGAAAGCUCACGUCUGGCCGCUACAGCUGCUGUCCAGCUCCGUCCUGCGGUCCUCACCUCCUGGUCUCAGAGCUGUUCCCUGGACAAAGGUCCUUCCUCCCAAAGCUGAGUCCAACGUGCAGUAUGAUUAAAGCCCCUACCACCUCUUAUUUUGUAUUUUUCCACCAGAUCAAAUGUACCUUUUUCACCCUUCAUUGACCUUCCAGACCCACAUCUUCUGUUUGCAUCUCUCGCCCGCUGCCUGGAGCUGGCACCGGUGACUCAGCACAGCAAGGUUUGGCCCCCAGCUAUCUUGCCCAUGGUAAAAACAACAAUAAAGCCAGCCAAACCCCACAGCAUGCCUUCAGAUAGGCCCUUUCCCUGGUCUAUCUCCAAAAACCAUUACAGAAGCAGAUUUUGCUUGCGGUCACAGGCAAGAGUGACUUUCCUGAAGAAUUUGGAUUCUGCCUUUGUAAAAAUUGCUGGAGUGUGUAAGUCAAGAGGCCAACAGCCCACACUUCACAGCUGGCCAGGCUCCAGGACAAUAACCUCAUCGAUGCACAACCGGCAACCAAAUACAAGGUGUGGGUGUGUGGAAGUGAAAGCGAGUCCCCAGCAAGUGGUAUGAUGAAAUGUUGACCCAAGGGUGGCUGCUCUCAAACGAACACCCAAGUAACAGAUCAGAUAUAGAGUUCAGAAAAAGGCCAGGGUGGCUCCAAGGAAGUGCAGGCGCCCUGAGCACCUUCAGUUUCACGGUCAGCCCACGGGGAUUUUGGUUUCACCUUCGAAACAUCAGUAAUUUUUGUGGGGAAUGCUUGCUAAUAUUGUGCUUCCUGUAACAAAGGCUGAUGAAUUACUUUAGCCACCCUCUCAGCUAGACACAUGGAGGCUUUUGCCUCUGUGAAACUGGAAGAGAUUUGAGUGAGCUAAAUUAAAAAAAAAAAUGUGAACACAAUUAGCUACUGAACUCACAUUGCAAAACAGAUGAAAAGCCUUUCUGCACUGUACACAGAAAGCGAAAGGCUCGUAAGCUGUUUAACAAGGUGUCAGGGGAAGGGCCUGGGACAGCUUGGCCACGCACAGGAAGAGACAUUUUGUGCAUUUUUGCAGUUUCUGGGUAAGGGAGUGAGUUGAAUCCUGAAAGCAGGUCUUAAUACCUGAAAUGCUUUUAGCUUCUAGCAGAGCAUGCAUGAGCCAGUGCCAAGUGCUCUUUAAAAUCUCAGCCUUGACGUGUUGCAUCUGUUUACGUAGCUUGCUCCAAAGCUGCCAGCGAGCAGGAGAGCUGUGCUCCCAGCAGAGGUGGGGCCGGGGGCUCCCCUUGCAGGUACACCAGACGUGGGCUCCUCACGUAUAUUUUUCUGCACCACACGUUGGGAAAAGGGGUGCAGGGAUCCCAGGGAGAAUUGAGCCUUGGUUUCUGCAUCCCUCACUCAGCCCCUCAGCAUCACAGGGCUGGGAGCUGAGGUCCCUUUGUGCUGGACAGCAGCUGAAGGUGGCUUUCUGGAGCUCCAGAUGAGAUCCUGGGCGCCAGCUUCCCUCUGAAGCCUUAUUACAAGUCACUGCUCAGGUUUACUGUACCAAAAGCCUCUCUCCAGGCAAUAUUCACUGGUGAUCCUUCAGGCACCAGCAGGACGUGCUGCUCUGAUUGACAUAAAUCAAACCAUACCAAGUCUAUUAAAUAGGGCUGGCUGAGUCGCAUUAUAGUGGAAGGUCCCCAUUAAAUGAAACAUAUCAAAAACACCGAUAAGCCUACACAGAGCUGCAGAGAGCAGGAGCCCUUUGCUCAAAUCUCACUGAAUGUAGUUUGUUCCUUUUUUGCUACAAGGACUCCCAUGAAGCCAGGAGGGGUCCUGGAAACCCAAGGACGGCAGGACUGGCAAGCCCAGCGCAGCAGCUACCUUUGCAUUUAAGCCUACAAACGCUGAUACAGCAGCACGUCCAUUUCAGAGAUGACUUCCAAAUAAACAGAGGGAGGAAACGAGUUUUAAGCACCACUUUGCUGCGUUUCAUUCGAUGUCGAAUUGGUUGUUUAGCUUUUGCCUGCAAGAGACUCCACCUCCUUUCAAAGUGCCCUUAAACCCCGGAGCAAACCCAUCCCAGAACAGCUCCCGCUUCGGUGCCACUGCAGAGGGGUCGGAUACCUGACGCCGUGGAAAACCACUGCCUCGAAAAGGGAUUUCCCUUGGAUCCAAGUUACUAAUGGCUUGAUACUUCUAUUGUAUUUUCUUGGCCCUAAAAAUAAGGCACAGGUUAAAAUGCCAGGCAAGUUGGAGGCCCUGGCCAUCAAUCACUUCCUCCUGGAACUGCAUCGCCUCACUUGGAAAACAGGAGGAGAGGACACGAGACAUCGCAUCCCGGGGCCUUUUUAACAGCACUUAAGCCAUGCGCAUGGGGAUUCGUAACACCAGCACUUACCGCAGGAAAAUGAGCAGACUGAUUUUAUUCUCUGCUUAGCCGAAGAAAAACCAUGAGCACAUUUCCCGUUUCAAACGCGAGCGACAUUUUGCAGGCAGACUCCCUCGAGGAGGGCGACAACCAGACGGCCGUCACCCAGUUCACCCAGCCGGGCUGGCAGAUCGCCCUGUGGGCUAUCACCUACUCCUUCAUCGUCAUCACCUCCAUCGUCGGCAACAUCACCGUCAUCUGGAUCAUCCUCGCGCACCGGAGGAUGAGGACUGCCACCAAUUACUUUAUCGUGAACUUGGCUCUUUCGGAUUUGCUGAUGGCCGCUUUCAACACCAUCUUCAAUUUCAUUUAUGCCAGCCACAACGUCUGGUAUUUUGGCAAGGAGUUCUGCAGGUUUCAGAACUGGUUCCCCAUCACCGCGAUGUUUGUGAGCAUUUACUCCAUGACAGCCGUGGCCGCCGAGAGGUAUGUGGCUAUAAUCCAUCCCUUCAAGCCCAGGCUUUCUGCUGGAAACACCCGAGUCAUCAUAGGAAUAAUUUGGCUGGUGGCAUUUGGGCUCGCCUUCCCGCAGUGCUUCUAUGCCGAGAUCUUGACAGACAACGGAACGACGAAGUGCAUCGUCGUCUGGCCAGAUGACGUGGGAUCGAAGCACCAGCUCACAUACCACAUCGCAGUGAUCGUGUUGAUUUACUUACUGCCUUUAAUGGUGAUGUUUGUUGCGUACAGCAUCAUAGGAAUUACUCUGUGGAGCAGCGCGGUUCCAGGCAACCACAUUAAUAGAGCCCUCUACGAACACCAAGUCAAUGCCAAGAAAAAGUUUGUGAAGACCAUGGUGGUAGUUGUGAUCAUCUUUGCCGUCUGCUGGCUGCCCUAUCACAUAUACUUCAUCCUGGGGAGCUUCAAGGAGGACAUCUACCAGCAGAAGUACAUUCAGCAGGUGUACCUGGCGAUCUUUCUGCUUGCCAUGAGUUCAACAAUGUACAACCCCAUCAUAUACUGUUGUCUUAACCAGAGGUUUCGUUCAGGCUUCAAGGUAGCCUUCCGGUGGUGUCCGUGCAUAAAAGCAACUGAGAAAGACAAGCUGCGACUUACAUCCCCAUCCCUUUACCAGUCAACCCGCAGGAAGUCACAGAAAUCAAGUUUCAACACAGAAACUCACUUCAAUGAGGAAGAGAAGACAUCAUUUACCCCCACCCAGCAAACGCUUUGAUUUCUUCUUCUGGUUCUGACCCUACUAAAAUCACAGAACGGUUUGGGUCAGAAAGGACCUUAAAGAACAUUUAACUUCAACCCCCUGCCACGGGCAGGGACACCUCUCACCAGCCCAGGCUGCUCAAAGCCCCACCCAGCCUGGCCUUGAACGCUUCCAGGGAUGGGGCAUAUCCUAAGACACCAUUUAAAGGCAGCAGGUUUGUAGAUGUCCUGAGGCAGGUCUGUUUCCUAGGGGGCUUUUACAGGUGCCAUCAGCACCAAAAGCACUCUGACAAUAAAACAAGACUUACAUCCACGUGGGUCCGAACAUCACCCAGCUCUGGAUACAGCCUGCCUUUAAACCCACGCUGCAAUACAGAAAAGACAAGGUUUUGCCCAUCACGUCAAAACAGAAGCAAAACAGACCUCAGGCAGCAUCCUACCAAUUAUUGCCUUCCUGAUGGUGAGCUCCUGUUCUCUGUUCCACAAGACAGCUCCAUCUGGAAAAGAGCUGAAGGAACAGAAAGGCUGGGGCUCCUCUGGCCCAGUCUGGGCGGACCCUUGGGGUGUGUGGGCAGCUAAUUCCUGUGGCUCAGCAGCCUGGAGGUGGACGAGGCUGUGGAGCUGAGCUCCUUUACAACAAAGGCACCCGUGCUGAAAAGCCUGCCCUGAAGCUUUCCUGGAUCCUGGGAUUUUCAGGCCUGUGAUUUCACCUGCACCACCUCUCAUCAUUUAAAGUGGGAAACAGCUCCCUACAGUCAUUUUUUCAUGGAUUUCUGCAAGCUUGUACCAAAACACAAUGUAUUUUUCCUGUUGAAGCGUGCUUGAGCGAUUCCUCCACCUGCACAUAGUUCCUCACCCGAGGAGCGAGGCUCUCUGGAGAGCCACAGGCAGGCUUGGUCAGAGGGGCUGCAAGCUCCCGUCACUGGGGAAGGUGCUCAAAAAUAGCUGCUGAGCAUCGCUCCUCAGCUCCCUAGCUGAGCAGUCAUGUUUGCAGCACGACUGCUUGCUUACAGGAGCAGAGGGCCGCCCGGGUGUGACAUGCUGGGGUGGUGCACAGCUGGUGGCAUCCCGGAGCUCUGCGCUUCCAAAGCUGCCUGUACCCCGACCCCGGCAACCCCACCAUGGUCCCACCACAGCCAGUCCCUUCGUUCCCCUUUCCAGACUUACCCCAUCUUGUCAUCACUGUUCUUCUCUUCUCAGAUACUAAAAUAAAGGCUGAAAUUUGUCAUCUUCGAA